CAGGAGGAAGCGGUACUUAGCUAUUGUAUUUGAUUCACUUCGGACCAACCUGCCAAACGUCCUAGUCGACACGGACCCUGAUUAUGAUUUGUACUCCGAGGCUAUGGAAUUUGAAGAGACGAUUUCCGGUUCCCAUAUAAGCUGCAAAACUCUAUCGCAAUACAUGAUGGUAUUGCGAGGGUUCAGACUCUCUGCUCAUUGUGUCUUGAAGGAUCCGACUAUUGAGAUGUUAAAUAUUCGAAAGAUACCGGAGCGCAUGGAGAUACAAGUCAGGUGGCGGCUGAAGUCCGAAGCGUGUGCUUUGAGGACAAUGCUGUCGAUGGGCCCGGACUGUGAUGCCGUUUUGGAUGCCAAUUCCGUGUUCAGGGUUAGCGAAGACGGAUAUGUGUGCUUUCACAGGUGUGAAAAGGUACAACGGCGGUUUGAUCCCGAGGAUGAUGCGCCAAAUAUAUUACAAAGGAUGGGACGGAAACUGAGUGGCCGUGGCGCUACCCCGUGCCCAGCAUAUAGCAAACACGACGGAUGAGCUGAGCUUGUAGCUAAUGUACCACAGGCCCCCGACGAGACUCUGAGUCGCACCCUGUGAGUGCAUGCCUGUUCUCAUCGCAGAUCGCUUGCAAAGAAUAUUACCCCGAGUUACGUUUGUUGAGACAGUCUGGAUUGCAUUGUCGAUUAGAUGUAUCACGCGUGGGAGAUUUCAUUAAAGAAUGUGUUGCAGGCGCAAGUCAACUAAGCUCGA